AUGGACGACUCCAUGAGCGGGGCCACCGCCAUCGCGGCGCUCGUGGCCGGCGGCGCACUCCACGGGGCUCGGGACGUCCGCGGCGGCGCGGGCUGUGGACUGAGAGGCAGGGCUCAGGACGGGCUGGUCGGGUUGUUGCUUUGGAUUCGCGAUGGCGCUCCUCCUCCUCAUGGCCACGGGUGCAGCAGUAAGAAUGCCCAUCUCAAGGUGCUAGAAGGUGCCGAAGAAAGGUUGCAGCUCGUCAAGGCUGACCUGCUGGACUAUCACAGCGUAGCGUCGGCGAUUGCCAGCUGUGACGGCGUCUUCCAUGUCGCCUGCCCUGUCCCCUCCGGCCGAUCAACCGACUACGAGGCAGAGAUCAUAGCUCCUGCUGUAACAGGCACACUGAACGUGCUGAAGGCCUGCCAUGAGGCGAAAGUUAAGCGAGUAGUCAUGGUGUCUUCAGGUGCUGCAGUGGUCGCUAAUCCUAACUGGCCCAAGGGCAAAGCCUGUGACGAAGAGAGCUGGUCAGACGAGGGCUACUGCAGAAAGAAUGGGGAUUGGUAUUACCUUUCCAAAACACUAGCGGAGCGCGAGGCUUUUGCUUAUGCAGCAAAAACUGGGUUGGACAUUGUAACUAUUUGCCCAUCAUUGGUAAUUGGACCCUUGAUGCAGUCUACAGUAAAUUCGAGCAGUAAAGUUCUCCUUAAUUAUUUGAAAGGAAAACUAGGAGAGAUGGUGCAAACUGAUGGCCAAAGUUGUGGUGCUUUGCAAGCAGUCUUGCUCAUUCGGCCCUUCAACAGCAGUUCACCGAUUAGUUUAUCAGUCGGCGGCAGCAGCAGUGGUCUUCAGCACGGCAGCAGGCAACACGAGCGGAGAAGGUAGUGAGAGAAGGAGAAGAAGCAGCAGAAACUAGCAGACACCCCGCACCCGUUGUGGCGGCCUGGAGGGGCGGCGAGAGUUGGCAAGGCAGGCGGCCAAUGGUUGGCAGUAGUGAGAAGCGAGUGAAAGACCUGGUUGACUUGGGGAAAGGAGGAGAACAGAGGACUGGUCGAUUUAGGGAAAGAAGAGCAGAUAAGGUUUGGUAGAUUUGGGGGAAAG